AUGGGUCGGCUGCGGCUCGACUGGAGUACCACGGCCUCACAGAAAACCAGCGUGAAACAAGCACAGCGUUGUGUUUCGCCGUAAACCACUGCUCAUCUGUCAAAUGACCCUUUGUUGUAUCCGACGGCUUUCGUAAGAAGAAUAGAAGUAGAAGAAGGCGGCUGCGCAGUGUCGUCAUCGCGCACGCUGCCCAUGAAUAAGAGUCCCGUUGUGACUUGUGAAACUAGUCGAGCUUUCCUCGAGUCUUGCCAUUCUCCUGAAGAUGGAAUCGAUAUAAACGGAUUACCUGAUGGUAAGCAAUCAGCGCCGCCCAUGGACACCCGCAACGGAGGAGUUACCGAUUUAGAGAAUUGGGGGUUGAGGAAGGAUUGGGGUAGGGGAAGGAUUGGGCCUCCGGUGAGACGAGAGGGAGUGCUAGACUCCUACGGACUAAAACUUCUCGUGCCUUCUCCUACUCCGAACCAAGCUGCAGUACGUCAUUGCACAUGCAACUGCAACGUUCGGCUGAACAUCAGCUUUGGUGAGUGCACCUUUGCGUGGUUCUCUGCUCAGAUCAAAUGCACAGUUCGAGUAGCUUUUAUGGCUCAGUUUCCCUGCCCCUGGCCGAGAGGAUCCGAGGAUGCGAGGAUCCGAUCCAGAGAUUUACUGACAAAAAACUACCCUGUUCUUUCUCCUGCUCAAGGUGGAUACCGCAGUCCCUUAUUGCGCUUGCCCCACAAAAAGUUCGAAUAG